AUUGUGAACACAUUAUAGACAAAACUAAAUCGUGUGGUUUCGCAAAAUGUGGCUAGGAGAUUUAGGCCUUCGUCUGAGCUUUUUUCAGCUAAUGGUGUGUCUGCCCACCAUUUACACCAGUGUUCCCAAUUAUUCUGAGCAAUAUAAUAGGAGACCCGCAUCCCAGCAUCCAGGUGCGGGUAACUAUGUACGCGAUUAUCCGGAAAACAGGCAAUUGUCAUAUAAUCGACCUGGUGGACCAGCAAAAUUCGAAGAUCCCAGAAAUGCUGAACGGCAACCGAAACGUCGCGAGUAUAUGAUUCGAGCCCACGAAACGCUUUCCGUUGGAGGGCAAAACAAGUGCCGCAUUUGGGUGCCGCCCGAUACGGUUGACAAGUACUCGCAUCACAGUGUCAUCCAGAAGGACCAGGCCAACCACCUGUUCAUGAUCGAGGUGUGCUGCACGGGCUACUCGGCCAGUAGGCUGAUGGGCGUGACCGUGUGCCGGGCGCAAUGUAGCUGCCAGAAUGGGAGCUGCCGGAGACCGGGUGAGUGCGAGUGCUACGACGGGUUCGUCCAAAAUGACAACGGCGACUGUGUGUUCGCCUGUCCGCUGGGCUGCCAGAACGGGCAGUGCUUUUUGGACGGCAGCUGCCAGUGCGAUCCGGGCUACAAGCUGGAUGAAACGCGGCGCUAUUGCCGACCCAUUUGCAGCAGUGGGUGUGGCAGCAGUACACGGCACAACUGCACCGAGCCGGAGGUGUGUGGAUGCUCCAAGGGAUACCAGCUGACCGACGUCGGAUGCCAGCCCGUCUGCGAACCGGACUGCGGAAUCGGCGGUCUUUGCAAGGACAACAACGUCUGCGACUGUGGACCGGGAUACAAUCCAAAGGACGGUGUCUGCCAGGCGGACUGCUAUCAGAAGUGCGACAACGGCGUGUGUGUCAGCCGAAAUCGGUGUAUCUGCGAUCCGGGAUUCACUUACCACGAGCAAUCCACCAUGUGCGUUCCGGUGUAGGUUCACCCAAAGUUUGAACUACUAUUUAAUUGAUUUGUAUUCGCUACUUUGAUUUUGAUCUCGAGCUUACCAUUUGAAAAUAAAGACAUUCCCUUAUUGCAUAAGA